UUUCGGAAUACACACAGUAGACAAGUUAAUAAUUCUUGCCCAAUCCAAUUGAAGAGUCUAUUGAACUCUUACUUGAUUUUGGGGCAGUUUAUAGACCUAUUGGGUUCAAGGUUAUAAAAUGGCUGCAUUAAGAAUGUUUGGGCAACCUCGUCCCACCUUUGGUGGUUCAUCAACAGGAUUUGGAACCAGCUUCAGCACUCCAAACACUGCUUCCACUGGGUUUGGGAGUAGUUUUGGUAAACCUGCUUUUGGAAACCCUACCACAAGUUUUGGAGCCCCUGCUGCUCCAUUUGGUGCCACCACCUCUUCAGGUCCUUCACUAUUUGGGACAAAUACACAACCACAAACUGCAAGUUUGUUUGGCCAACAGCAGACAUCAUCAGGUUUUGGCUCUUCUGGUGGUGGAUUGUUUAGUCAGAGUCAGCCGAGUACUGGCUCAGGUUUGUUUGGAAGUAAUCCCUCUACUGGAUUUGGUGCUCAGCAGACAACACAGAAUAGACCUUUUGGGUUUGGUGCCACCAGCAGCACCAGCACCGCUGGAACAACUGGGCUGUUUGGAUCUACACAGUCGUCAACUAGCGGUGGACUGUUUAAUACACCAGGAUUUGGUUCUAGUAACACCUUAACUGGAACAACCAUCAAAUAUGACCCUACAACUGGAUCUGACACCAUGACAAGAAAUGGUGUGUCGACCAGUAUCCGCACUCGGAUUGAGGUUAUAACUACCAUGAAAGAAUAUGAGAAUAAAAGCUUGGAAGAACUGCGUGUAGAAGAUUACUUGGCCAACCGCAAAGGACCAGGACAAGGUUCCACCAUGACUGGUUUUCCACAGACAACUCAGACAAACCAAGGCGCUGGUCUUUUUGGGGCUGCCCCAGCACCAUCUAUGUUUGCUACAAAUAAGCAAGGUACAGAAAACAAGUCCCUAUUUGGAACUGGGACUACCCCAGGUUUUGGGACGUCUACCUCUGGAAGCCUUUUUGGAACCAGUACUUCAACCUUUGGCCAGGCAGCAACAUCCACUCCUGGAUUUACCUUUGGCCAAAAUACACAAACUCAGAAGCCAACCGGUUUCAGUUUCGGAAGUACGACCACUGCUUCGACACCCCUGUUUGGGGCUACAACAUCUCAGCCCUCAACAUUUGGUGGUCUGAGCACUGGCUUUACUUUUGGUCAGGCCAAUCAACAGCCGGGUACUGGUGGUCUGUUUGGCAAUCAAAAUAAGGGCUUUCUCUCAAACCAGCCUGCUAGUGGAGGUCUUUUUGGUAAUAAACCAGCUGGUACCACACAACCGUUAGGAGGAACCGGCUUUGGUGCCACACCAUCAGCAUUUGGCACAACUCCUACCACCAGCACUGGAGGUGGCCUUUUUGGACAGACUAAUCAGAAUAAGCCUGGAUUAUUUUCUGGUUUUGGAAACACGAGCUUUGGCACCACUUCACUGUUUGGCAAUCAGAACCAGCAGAAACCAGGUUUGACCUUUGGAACUCCUGGUUUUGGAACAACGAAUACCAUGGGUCAGGGUUUGGGCACGAGCACAGGUGUCAGUCUGUUUAACCAGGGUACAUCAAACACUGGCAGUAUGGCAAUGGGAUGCCUUGGUACUAGUGCAGGCUUUGGAUUCCCUCAGCAGAAUACUAUGGGUGGAGGAAUGAGCGGAGGAGUAUUUCCCGAUCUUGGCAAGCUUGUAAAAGCUAUGACCGAGAAGCCAAUUUUUGACAUUGCUGUCUCACAUAAAUCUAUGGCAUUUGCAGGUCAAGGCAGCACGUCACCUACAGCUGACCAGAGCAGUCCGAAGUUAACGAGUGGAACUUUGCGGCCUACCUACGUCUUGUCACCUUCACUGUUUGCCAAUAAUAAACCGAGACCAAAGCCCAUAAACAAAAGCAGUAAUCAAGGAAACAAUCGCCACUGGCUUUUCAAGGGUCUGGAUGAUCCUAAUGAGGAAGCAACUGAAGAUUUCCUAAAGCCAAAGAAAUACCCUAGUGUAAGAAAAUUAAAUUUAAGGGUGUUUGGAGCUGCAAAUUCUGAAUCUUCAUCCACUAAUGAAAGCAGAAACACAACGGCUGCCCCUGCACCUUCUCCAUUAACCACGCCAAUAUCACCAUUGGGCGGUGCUACACCACAGCGGCCUAGUCAGCCUCCAUCCCACGAGAAUACUCCAACACCAGAUAUUAUUAAGGGACGAGACAAAAUAAAAAGGCGAAGCUUGACUGAAAAGCAGCCGCUGAAUGAUACACUGGCUGAUCUCAAUGUACGCCAAAUGGUCAGGGAAGAAGAAGAUGAGGUGCAAGGUGAGCCUAUAAAUGAAGAAGGAGAUGAAAUUGAAGUUGAGGACUCUGAGAAUAAAGAAAAUAAUAACAUGAGUGAACCCGGAGUAAAUGAACUACAGGUUUUAGCAAAGACGACAGAUCAGCCUCAUCCUGCAGGUGUCAAGCUUACGUUACCUGAGUAUUACACCUUACCAUCUCUGGAAGACUUGAAGGACAUGAUAGAUUCACAAGGUAGAUGCAUUGUGGAAAAUCUUACUGUUGGGAGAUAUGGCUACGGCAACGUGUGCUUCCUUGGUGUCACAGAUGUCACAAAUUUAGAUUUUGACAGCUUGGUCUCCAUAUACCGCAAGCAGGUGGAAGUAUAUCCAGAAGGAACUCAGAAGCCACCUGAAGGUCAAGAGUUGAACAAGCCAGCUAUUAUUACACUUGACUGUGUUUGGCCAGUUGACAAGACAACUCGUCAAUUGAUUAAGUCUCCGGAAAGGUUGCAGACUAUGGGAUGGUCACAUUACUUAGAACGUCAGUGUGUUAAAAUGGAUACAAACUUCAUUGAGUAUCGUCCCUCCACUGGUUCUUGGGUCUUCAGGGUGAAACACUUUUCCAAAUAUGGACUUCAAGAGGAAAAUGAGGAAGAGAUGGACACUCUUCCUGCUGGUGGAGCCCCACCCACACAAACUACAAGUAAAAGUUUCGUGACGGUACCAGUUCCUCUUCCCCCCAUUUCCACCCGUGCAGCUGGACCACCAGCAACUGCCACAUCUCUUACUUCCCCACCCCAAUUCUUAGGACACAUAGGUGCUUCAGCUUUCACAUGUAAAGCGGUUCAGCCUAGAUAUUUGGACAGUCCUUCACUACAGGAGUCACAGGUGCUUGAUGAGGAUUUCAUUGAGCCAGAUAUAGCUCAAGAGCCAGAGGAGAGUGCUGCUUUAAGUGUGCUGUCCCCUAGUGAUGAGCGCCUAACUGUGGCUUCCAAGGUACCACCCAGAGCUGUCCAGUUAGCAAAACUACAGUUAUUUGUUGAUGAUGAAGAAGAGCCACAACACCUUGUUAGGGAAACCACUCCCACACCACAAUCAAUCAAAGCUACUUCUAAGAAACUAAUGCUUGGUCAUGAAGUGAGCUAUACAAGAUCAUCAAGUCCGGUAGAAUCAGCUGGACCUAAAAUAAAGUUUGGCUCACAAUCCCAAAGUGGAAGUAUUGGUGAAGCACCCAAAGUCAGUAUCUCUGCUGAGCCUAGCCUUCCUUCUUUGUUGAGGGAUUCCCGGACUGAGUAUCAGUUGCUGCCCAGUGGAAAAGAUGUUGGCAAAGAGGCUGGUCAUGUUCCUCCUCAGCACCAAACGGCAACUGUACCAUUUGUCUCAUCCCUGAUGUCUAGUAUAGACCAGCGCUUAUCUGACAUGGGAGCCUUUAUGGGGCGUUCAUUUAGGGUUGGAUGGGGACCAGGCUGGACGCUGGUCCAUGCGGGGAAACAGUUAGCCUCUCUUAGAAUACCUGAGGAGACUGAAGUUGAGAUGACAGAGGAUGAACCACCAUCUCCAGUUUCUUUCUUUUUCUUGGGAUCAUCAGUCACACAACCAAAAAGAGCCAAAACAACAAGUUCUACCAGUUACAAAUUGGUUAUUGAGCAACUUCAUGCUGUACAGGCAGAUCCACACACAUUUGAUCAUUUAACUGAAGCAUGCCUAAAUGAUGUUUGGAAGUACAGUGUUCUAACAAAAGACGGGAAGGGUGAAACUGACAGUUCGUCAUGUCCCCAUUAUCGUCCUGUGAAGGACAGAGAACUUCUCCAUCAGUUAGCUCUUACUGCAUCCUCAGCAGGCAUUGAGCAUGAAGGAGUUUCAAAUAUAUUCAACCUUUGUGUUGGACUGUGGGGAAGACUUCAUUUUUAUUCUCCUGAAUCAGAUGGUGCUAACGAAUACUCUCAGUCACGAGCAAGAGUGGAAGCUGUGAGCCAGUGGCUGGAAAAUGUCAACAGCUCAAUUGUUCAAGAGGAAGUUUUGUAUGCUAUGAGUCAAGAUGGUGAAGAAAACUAUCUUCCUGCAAUAUUUUCACACCUUACUGCUAGGCAGAUCUCUGAAGCUUGUAUGUUGGCUCAGAGUAAAGGUGACCACCACUUGGCACUUUUACUGGCACAGUCAUGUAUGGGUGAGGACAGCCCUCGUCAGAUACUUGCCCAGCAGCUAAGCAAUUGGGUGGAAGGAGGAACUUAUGCUAUGAUGUCUCCAGAACGAUUGGUACUGUACUGCAUUUUAGCUGGAGCACCAACCCACCAGGCUUCUAACACUACUAUUAAUACUUGUCAAGGGUUGGAUUGGAAGAGAGCUUUUGCUCUGCAUUUAUGGUACAUGUGCCCAGCUACAUCAACAAUAGCAGAAGUACUGCAAGAAUAUGAUCAAGCAGCAGGACUCAAGGGGGAUGUGCCAAGCUAUUGUGAGGCACCACUUCCUUCUUACCUCACACACCAUGGUCAUGAUGGAGAUACAGUGAAAUUUGAUGUCUGCUACCAUCUCCUGAAACUCUUCACAGAUCCUAUGCAUAGAUUGGAGACACUACUGAACCCUGGAACUGUUACGUCUGAUCCUGUAGACGUUACUGUUAGCUGGCUUUUGUGGCGUGUAUUGGAGUCGUUAGGAUACCACCACCUGUCCGAACACUUGAGUGCUGGAUUACACCUGAGUAUGGCCGCUUUAUUGGAAGCCACUGGUCAGUGGCACUGGGCAGCAUUUGUCUUAUUGAACAUUGUUGAUGAGGAAAGACGAACUAAAGAGGUACAGACACUCUUGCAGCGCCACAUAGUUGUCGGGAAGGAUAUGGAGGCAGAUCUUAAAUAUAACAUGAAAGAAAACUUUAUUGUAGAGGAGUUGCAUAUUCCACAGAAGUGGAUUUAUGAAGCAAAAGCCAUCAAAGCCAGGGUUUUGAACAUGGUUGAUGAAGAAGCGUGGUAUCUUUUGAAGGCUGGUGACUACAAUAGAGCUCAUAUGCUUAUUGUUGACACUAUUGCACCAAAUUCUAUUGUCAAUGAGGAUCACGAUUACUUACAAGGCUACCUUGAUCAGUUUUGUGAUGACGGUGUUCGAAAUAAGGUUGUGGAUUGGUUUAUUGGUGGUGGGGUCUAUACAGACUACUUGGAUGUUUGCUCAGUUGUUGACGAUAUGAAAAGAUCUGCAGACCCAACUCCAGCCCAGUUAGAACAACUUCGUCCAAGACUGCUUGCCCUCUGUUCAAGGUUGAAUAAUUUGAAAUGUUCAACUGCUACCCAUAGACUUUGCGUAUCUGAAAUGAGCCGUGUUGUUGUGGGAGUAUUACGGGCUGUAGUAGGUGAUGGAGCCGAUGCAACACAGGUUCUAUCUCAGCAGUUGUCAGGCUUGCCCCUAACACACGAUUAUGCUUUGGCAGAGCUUAAUUUAGUAACAGAACAUUAUCUUGCACAUCUUUCAACAUACGACUGAAGAAAUCUAAAAUAAACAUUUUUUAGUCUUAUGGUUGUGUAAGUAAAUACAUUGUACAGUAUUAGUUUAAGUUUCAUCUUAUUUUUUUAUGCUCUCUCUGACAAUUUAACAAUAAAUGCUUUGUGCCACUUUGUUCCUGAAUAUAAAUAUCAGUCAUAGAUUAGAUUAGGAAAUGCCAAACAGUGUUAAAUUAGUUCUAUUAAUUAAUGUUUCAUGUCUACAGCACUAUGUUUAUGUAGCUUAGAAAAAUAUUUAUAUUUUUGUUGAAUUUGAGGUCAGUAUCAUGAAGAAAAAGGGUUUUAUUUAUAAUUGUAAUGGAAGCUGUUUUGAGUGGAUUUUGUGUCUUGGUCACCAUAGUGGGUUCAAAUCAAUUUUGUAAAUAUUGCGUAAUGUAUAUACUAGGUGGUUCAAGUACAAUUAGAGAAAGCUGUGUAUAUAAAUGUACUUGGUAGUCAUUUGUUUUGUACAUUUUGAUACUAAGAGAUGACAAGUUGUUCAUAACAAGGGAAACAUGUUUAGACAUUACAUAUAGUUUUAGUGGAUGGUUCAGUUUAUAUAUUAUAAUCAUAAUACUGUAGAUGCUUCUGCCAGGGUUUUUCAUUUUAUUCCAUUACAUUUAACCAUAUUAGUGCAUUUUUUUCACCAGCAAGAAUUGACAGCAAUGUUGUUUACCUGGAAAAAGAACUAAUUUGGUAUCAAGAUGGUUUAGUUUGUCUGUCAGCCCUUGUUUAAAGAGGGUUUUUGUAAAUAGGUAAAGUGAUUUGUAUGUAUUUUUAAACUUCCAAGAAUAAAUCUUUUGCACUUAAUGUAAGAUGAUAGCUGUAUUUUAUGUAUCGUGAGGUCAUGCUAGUAGAUACUUUCCCUUAACAUUUUGUAUUGAAAUAACUUAAAAUUUUAAGUGUUGAAAUUUUUUGUUUUUAUUCUAGUAGCAAUGUCUGUUUGAAUGGUCUGUAAAAAUUUUCUGGUAUUCCUGUUAGGUACCUUGUUACGACUUUAACAUGGAGCAGUGAAAUGUAUGGUAAAGCAGUUGUCCGAAAGUUAUUGUUUGAUGAGAUGUUUGUUUGAAGAGGUGUUUAUACAAAAUGGUUUUGUUUGAUAGUAGGAUGCAGAAUGGUUUAUUAAAUACGAGAGCUUUGCUGGUGAAUUUUAUUUUCACAUAAGUCUUACUUAUUACGAAUACCUUAGGUCCAUUUACUUGUGGAGUUGAAGUCAUAUGGAAAAAAUGUUAUUAUUUAGGUUUUUCUGAUUAUUUAUCCCUGUUGAAUUGUGGCUGGCAAGUGCUUGCAUUACUACUACUAUUCUUGAAAGCAUUUAUUAUGGUGGAUGGUAAAUCGGUUUUAAACUCAAAUAAACUUUGUUACAAAACUUAUGACUUUGUAGAAUUAUGAUGUUCCCUCCCCUUAGGAAAGUGUAGAUAAAUUCUGUUUUGGAUACUGAUUAUAUCAUUCUUAUCUGAAUGGUGAAAAAUAGCUGGUAUUCUCAUUAUCGAGUGCAUUGCAUCAUUUUACCCUGCAUCUAGGAAUUUUGUUGACAUUUUAUUGAAAAGUUGCUAAUCAUUUGAUUUGACAAGAAUAGUGCAACAAUGCUGCUUUUGAUCGAAGUAGCAAGGGCGAUGAAAACUUGUUGAAUUGGUAUUGAUUGUUUAAUGUAUAUUAAUAGCACACCUGAAGUUUUUUUCUUUCAUCAAUAUCAGUGAAACUUUUAGUUAUAUUAACAGCACACCUAAAGUUUUUUUUCUUUCAUCAAUAUCAGUGAAACUUUGUUAUAUUAACAGCACACCUGAAGUUUUUUUCUUUCAUCAAUAUCAGUGAAACUUUUAGUUAGUUUGUUGCCCCAUGUCGGUUUAUUUUUAAACGGCCUAAAUGUUUUAUAUUUAAAAGGCUAGUGGUUUAAGCUAUUUCAUCUGUAUUUUAGUUUAUAACAUUACUGUAUGAAAUAAAUUUUUUUGCAAGAAAGUCA